ACUGCUGCACCGUAGAUACUAGGUAGAUAGGUAGGUGUUUGAACUUUGAAACCGGCCGACCAGCAUGCUCGCUGCAGCUAAGUAAUGGUAGGUAGGUAGGUUCGAAAUCGUUCGAAUACUGCUCCGUCCUCUUCAAGAGGUUCGAACGCUCCACUACUUACUUACCUACAAGCUCUGUCUGUCUGCUCGGAAGGACAUCUUCCCCCUCACAAAUGUAUCCCUUUCCUCCCCUUACCUUGGGCUGCACAGCCUGCUUGGCAUCCUGUAGAUCCUGCGUCAGCUUGGCCAAUCAAUGCGGGGUGGCCGCUCUGCACGACCACCGUCAGGCCGUCGUGCGCCAUGAAUCAGUUCAUUAUUACUGCCAGUCGAGGGGCUGGCCGGAGACUUGUUCUCCGACUCCGGAUUGGUACAGCUGGUAUUCCGUAUCGUAUCGGGGGGCGGUACCAUGGUGUCUAUCUACCUAUCUAACAGUAGAUAGGUAGUAGUACUCCAUACCUAUGAAGACAAUGCCCGGAGGACUCCGAACGGACC